AGAAAGACAAUAUGUCUUUCAAUAUCUGGUGGUUGAUACUGUAUUUUAGUAUAGUUUGUCAAGCAAAAGCCCAUUAUUCUUUGAGAGAUUUCAAGGCAAAUAUCUUCCAAGUUAAAUAUCAAUGGAAAUACUUCGAUUAUAAUUUUGGUAGUGAUGAAAAGAGACAAGCUGCAAUUCAAUCUGGCGAAUACAAUUAUAAGAAUAAUGUUCCAAUAGACGUCGAUCGAUGGAAUGGUAAAACUUUUGUCACCAUAUUAAGAAAUGAUGGUGUGCCUUCGUCUUUGAACGUGAUAUCUAACAAAAUUGGCAAUGGUGGACCACUUUUGGAACCAUAUCCAAAUUGGUCGUGGGCAAAAAAUCAAAACUGUUCUGGUAUUACGAGUGUUUACAGAAUUGCGAUUGACGAAUGGGAUAGAUUAUGGGUUUUAGACAAUGGUAUUAGCGGUGAGACAUCUGUAUGCCCUUCGCAGAUUGUCGUCUUUGAUCUAAAAAAUUCAAAAUUGUUAAAACAAGUUAAAAUACCGCACGAUAUUGCGAUAAACUCUACUACUGGAAAAAGAAAUGUAGUAACUCCAAUCGUUCAAAGUUUUGAUUAUAAUAAUACCUGGGUGUAUAUAGCAGACGUCGAAGGUUAUGCAUUGAUUAUUUAUAACAAUGCCGACGAUUCUUUCCAACGAUUGACUUCGAGCACUUUCGUAUACGAUCCCAGAUACACCAAAUACACUAUCAAUGACGAAAGUUUCUCGUUGCAAGAUGGAAUUUUGGGUAUGGCGCUAAGUCAUAAAACGCAAAAUCUUUAUUACAGUGCUAUGUCCUCUCAUAAUUUGAAUUAUGUCAACACAAAACAAUUUACACAAGGGAAAUUUCAGGCUAAUGAUAUACAAUAUCAAGGAGCCUCAGAUAUCUUAUGGACUCAAGCGAGCGCUAAAGCAAUAUCGGAAACUGGUGCUCUCUUCUUUGGACUCGUGAGUGACACAGCACUUGGCUGCUGGAACGAGAAUCGGCCACUAAAAAGAAGGAAUAUUGAAAUAGUCGCCAAAAAUAACGACACUCUUCAAUUCAUCAGUGGUAUAAAAAUUAUCAAGCAAAUAUCUUCAAAUAUUUAUGAACGUCAAAAUAACGAGUAUAUAUGGAUUGUAAGUAACAAAUAUCAAAAAAUAGCAAAUGGAGAUUUAAAUUUUAAUGAAGUGAAUUUUCGAAUUUUGAAUGCGCCUGUAAAUCAAUUAAUAAGGUACACUCGUUGCGAAAAUCCUAAAACAAAUUUUUUCUCAAUUUUCCUUUGAUCUUUCUAUUUUUCUUUCUAUUGUAAUGUCCAAAUUAAAUUAUAUGUUUAUCAAAGAUUUCUAGUUUUUUCUUUAAAAGUAUGGAAUAAAUAUUAUUAGUAUAAUAUUAUUUUUCCAUUUUAAUAUUUUAUUUUUAAGAAUAAUUCUUUGUAGUUUCUUUUAGUUAGCGAGAUUUUAUAACUUAUGCGCAAAUGUAGUAUUUUAAAAAAUAUUUUUCUUCAUAUUCGAGAAUGAAUGAACAUUUAUCAGUUGUAAAUUCUAAUAACAAUUUCCUGGAUUUUACUGCUACUUAAUUGCCGUCUUGCGUUUCCGAAUAGAGGUUAAGAUAUUGCUAGAAAUUUCAAUGAGUCAGUGCUAUUGAAAAUAUAAUAUUAUGUUAUAAAAAAUUAUUUUUGCAUCAGAGUUAUUUUUAUCUCUUUAUAAAUCUUAUUGUUAAGUAAUAUUUAUUAUAGCUUAUUCGUGAUUUUUUCAAAUUUAUAAAUUUGUUAAAAAUCUUCGAAAUAUCAUAUUGAAAGAUUAA